AGCCUUCAACAAAGUUAGGGAGGGGUCAACAUGAAACUUUGCAGCAUGAGAGGAAGAAUAAAAAGGUGUACAUCUUGUAAAAUCUUCAGAUUUGUCGCAGGGACUGAGGGUGGCAGAAUCUCUCCUAAUGCAUGUGGAAAAUAAAGUGUGCUGAUUGCAACAUAAGGCAAUUUGUGGCUUACUUCUUGUCCCACGCCCCUGGUUGUAACUGCCUUCUAUAAUUUUGUACAUAACUGUAACAAAAAUGUUGUGAUUGUAUCUUUUACUGCCUCUUGGCCAGGGCUCCCUCAAAAAUGAGAAUUUUAAUCUCAAUGGAACCUUCCUGGUUAAAUAAAGAAUAUAAAAAUAAGUAAAUAAAAUGUAUUUAGAUAAUGAAACGUCAAUAAGGAAAAUUAUUUUACUUGUUUGUCAGAGCAUUUGAAGAAACAACUUAAAAUGUUAUUUAUUUAACCAGAUGAGCUGAUAGAGAACUCAUUCUCAUUUACAACAACGAUCUGGCCAAGAGGCAGCAGCAACAGACACAUGAUUAGCUUUACAUCAAAGAAAAACAGAUUAAAUAAAAACAAACAACAUUAAAAUAAAAAUGGAGUAAAAAACAAAAUUAUUAUAUCAGGUGUAAAACUAACUUGUCUUUACUUUAAGUACUUGUUUGAGGAAGACAUCACGUUGUGUUUUUUAUUAGUCCCAUUCUGAACACACAGGUGUGUUUUAUUAGGCUCCAGCGGGUGGCGCUAGUGCACCUUUAAACUGGUCACCGACCAUCGGAAGAAGCAGAAACCGGAAGCUGCUAGCAGAGCUAGCUUGUUGUUGUUCUGGUGUGUGAGGAGAAUAUUUGAGGCUCUGCAGUAAAAAUGUCUUCACUUCAGUCUCUGGGAGAGUUGAUCAGCUAGAGCGACUAACUGCUGCUGCAGAAAUCUUCUCACCAGGCUGUGGAGGAGGUGUUCUCUUUCCAGAACCAGAGAAAAUAUUCUGCGGUCUUCGUGACAAUCGGAGCUCCAGAAUCAGGUCGUGGGUCAGAAAAGCUUUUCUCUAGACUUCCUGCCCUCUGGAUCUGCUGCUAUUCCUUUGGCCUCUCUGAGAAACGCGCUCGUUUUGCUGCUUUCAUCAGAUUGAAGAGGUUCCCUCUAUCAGACUCGCUCAUCUGAGUUGGUCAUGAUGCAGGAUCGCUGCUCGCUCUCUGAUCCAUCCUGCUCACACUCUCCGACGGAAAAGCCCCGAAUCUGAAUGUGACUCUGGAGGAAAAAGCGGUUAGCUCUACUCCGUGAACUCAGCUGUUAGCUAAACACGGCUAAAGAAAACCUGCUACCACUUCAGGAUCAUCCAUCAGCUGGGACUGCUUCAUCUGUGUUCUUCACCACCUGGACCUGGACAGCAUGGACACAGCUUUUCAACAGGUGGUGCUGGUUAAAGAAGAAGAUCUAGAAGAACAUAGCACUGGUGUCAACCAGCAGGACUUAGAUUUUCUCCACAUAAAGGAGGAACAGGAGAAACUCUGGCCCAGUAUGGAAGGGGUGCAUCUCCAUUUGAAGGAGGAGACUGAUGCUGCCAGGUUUCCAUUCACUGUUGCUUCUAUAAAGAGUGAGGAUGAUGAAGAGAAUCCUCUGUUCUCACAGCUUCAUCAGAAGCAAAUAGAAGAGAGAGAUGUUUCAACCAGCAGCUCAGCUGACCAGACGACAGCAGAAACUGGUGGACUAGAAACUAGCCGGAACCCAGAUCUGAACCCUCAUGAACUGACUCCUGAUUCUUCAGAAACUGACGUUGGAGAUGAUGAUGAUGAAUCAUCAUCAUCAUCAUCAUCAUCAUCAUCAUCAUCAUCAACUCUAGACUCUGAGCUGUCAGACUCUGGGUCUGAAACUGGAGACCGAGACAAUGACUGGAAUGAGAACAGGUGUUCUGAGUCCGAUUUUAGGACUGUCAACAAAUCCUUUAGUCAUAGGACACUUUUAAUCAGUCACAUGAGAGUCCACACAGGACAGAAGCCUUUUGCUUGUGAGCUCUGUGGAAAGAAAUUUAGCUUAAAGUCAACUUUAAACACGCACAUGAGAGUUCACACAGGACAGAAGCCUUUUGCCUGUGAGUUCUGUAGCAAAAGAUUUAGCCAAAAGACAAAUUUAAACAGACACAUGAGAGUCCACACAGGAGAGAAGCCCUUUGCUUGUGAGCUCUGUGGGAAUAGAUUUAGUGAAAAGGGAAGUUUAAACACACACAUGAGACUCCACACAGGAGAGAAGCCCUUUGCUUGUGAGCUCUGUGGGAAUAGAUUUAGUGAAAAGGGAAGUUUAAACACACACAUGAGAGUCCACACAGGAGAGAAGCCUUUUGCCUGUGAGCUCUGUGGAAAAAGAUAUAGCCAAAAGACACAUUUAAACAGACACAUGAGAGUCCACACAGGACAAAAGCCUUUUGCUUGUGAGCUCUGUGGAAAAAGAUAUAGCCUAAAGACAACUUUAAACACACACAUGAGAGUCCACACAGGAGAGAAGCCCUUUGCUUGUGAGCUCUGUGGGAAUAGAUUUAGUGUUAAGGGAAAUUUAAACAAACACAUGAGUGUCCAUACAGGACAGAAGCAUUUUGUUUGUGAGCUCUGUGGGAAGAAAUUUAGCUUACAUUCAACUUUAAACACACACAUGAGAGUACACACAGGAGAGAAGCCUUUCGCCUGUGAGCUCUGUGUAAAAAGAUUUAGCCGAAAGACACAUUUAAACACACACAUGAGAGUCCACACAGGAGAGAAGCCCUUUACUUGUGAGCUCUGUGGGAAUACAUUUAGCAUAAGGUCACAUUUAAAAACACACAUGAGAGUCCACACAGGAGAGAGGCCCUUUGCUUGUGAGCUCUGUGGGAAUAGAUUUAGUGAAAAGGGAAGUUUAAACAACCACAUGAGUGUCCACACAGGACAGAAGCCCUUUGCUUGUGAGCUCUGUGGGAAUAGAUUUAGUAAAAAGGGAAGUUUAAACAAACACAUGAGUGUCCACACAGGACAGAAACAUUUUGCUUGUGAGCUCUGUGAAAAGAAAUUUAGGUUAAAGUCAACUUUAAACAGACACAUGAGAGUACACACCGGACAGAAGCCUUUUGCCUGUGAUCUCUGUGUAAAAAGAUUUAGCCGAAAGACACAUUUAAUCACACACAUCAGAGUCCACACAGGAGAGAAGCCCUUUGCUUGUGAGCUCUGUGGGAAAAGAUUUAGUGAAAAGGGAAGUUUAAACACACACAUGAGAGUACACACAGGAGAGAAGCCCUUUGCUUGUGAGCUCUGUGGGAAUCGAUUUAGUGAAAAGGGAAGUUUAAACAAACACAUGCGAGUACACACAGGACAGAAGCCUUUCGCCUGUGAGCUCUGUGCAAAAAGAUUUAGCCGAAAGACAAAUCUAAACAUUCACAUGGGAGUCCACAAAUGACAGAAACCUUUUGCGUGUGAACUCUGUGGAUGAAGAGUUAGCCGAAAGAAAACUUUAAACAAUCAUCUAAGCAUCCACUAGGGCUGAGCAAUCUAUUGCAGGGGUCUCCAAACUUUUUGGGCCCGUGAGCUACUUUUACACAAUGAAAAUACAGCAGAGUUACUGCCAUAUGAUUUAUUUACAUUGAUACUUUCCAUGUGUGAAUGCGCUUAUGUUAAAAAUGCUAUACUUACUAUAUUAACAUGCAUUGUACUCACAAGUUGAUUUCUCCGUAUUUCAGUACAUACAUUGUUUUUGUAUAAGUAAACUAGUGACAUUCUGAAAACCAAAUUAAACAAAUUAUAUUUAGUUUUUAAACUAAUCAAAUACUUCCAGAUAAUGAAUAACAAAUCUACUUCAUGUGAACGAUUUUGUAAUUUUUUUUAGAGGUUGGUAACAUAAGUUUUUGAGCACACAGGAACAGCUAACAUGUAAAGCUGAAUAUAUUUUAUAUAAAAAACAAGCUAAAUGUGAUGAAAACACAAAAUUCUAAAUAGUUUGAAUUAAAUAAAAAAUGUAAAAUCAGAAAUAAGAGUUGUUCCUGCUCUCCUGAUUUACUGAAUAAUUUUUAUUGUGUUUUUUUGGUCAUGAAAGUUAAGUUUUGCUGCGUUUAUUGCUGGCAAUAUGUAGGUUGGAGGUUUAUCCUUUUUUUCUGCAUCUUGUAGGGUUUUUUUCUCCACAGGUCUGAAAACUUAUUAAAUUAAAAACUAAAAAUUUCAUGAUGCCUUCCAUUAACCUAUACUUGCUUCUGUGGUCUACUAGGUCUUUAUCUGUACUGUGAUACAUUUAUUCUAUAUGUAUUUUAUAUGUACACCUUUGCUGUGCUGUUUUAUCUUUGUUCUAUAUUUUAAAGUAAAUAAUUGUACUUUA